AGCCUCCAGCUAGAAUUCGUCAGAUGUGAGAUCACACAGGAUUUACUUUCUAUCCCCCACCCACCCCAUGAUUUUUUAUUUUAUUUUAUUACCAGUCUGGGUUAGGGAAGAUAUUUAAAGUUUGAGGAGGGGGUACAAGCUUCUAUUCCGAUCCCAUCUGCUGCUCAGUGAAAGGUCCUCAUAUUCAACAAUGUGUGGACGGGGCAGCGUGGCCUCGCUGUGCCUGGGGGCUUGCUUGCUCGUAGCCAACAUCGUCCUGGGUGCCAAAAGCACUGGGCAGGACAGCGAGCACAACACGACAGUGUUUACCAAGAUCCUCGACAGCCUUCUGGAUGGCUAUGACAACCGCCUGAGGCCAGGACUAGGAGAGCGUGUAACUGAAGUCAAGACUGACAUUUUCGUGACUAGUAUCGGGCCAGUUUCGGACCAUGACAUGGAGUACACCAUUGAUGUCUUCUUCAGACAGAGCUGGAAAGAUGAGAGGUUAAAGUUCAAGGGUCCCAUGGCCGUGCUGCGUCUCAACAACCUGAUGGCCAGCAAGAUCUGGACGCCCGACACAUUCUUCCAUAAUGGCAAGAAGUCUGUGGCGCACAACAUGACCAUGCCCAACAAACUGCUGCGCAUUACAGAGGAAGGCACCUUGCUCUACACCAUGAGGCUGACUGUGAGAGCAGAAUGCCCCAUGCACCUUGAAGACUUCCCAAUGGACGCCCAUGCCUGCCCACUCAAGUUUGGCAGCUAUGCUUACACCCAAGCAGAGGUGGUGUAUGUGUGGACCAAAGGUGCCGACCAGUCUGUGGUGGUGGCAGACGAUGGUUCAAGGUUAAACCAGUACGAUCUGAUGGGCCAGAGUGUGGAUUCUGGGGUGGUGCAGUCCAGCACAGGAGAGUACGUGGUGAUGACGACCCACUUCCACCUGAAGAGGAAAAUUGGCUACUUUGUGAUUCAGACAUAUCUGCCCUGCAUUAUGACAGUCAUCCUGUCACAGGUGUCCUUCUGGCUCAACAGAGAGUCCGUCCCUGCCAGGACUGUCUUUGGAGUGACCACUGUCCUGACCAUGACCACCCUCAGUAUCAGUGCCAGGAAUUCCCUUCCCAAAGUGGCCUACGCCACCGCUAUGGAUUGGUUCAUCGCCGUGUGCUACGCCUUCGUCUUCUCGGCCCUCAUUGAGUUCGCUACAGUCAACUACUUCACCAAGAGGGGUUACGCCUGGGAUGGAAAAAGCGUGGUGCCAGAGAAGCAAAAGAAGAAGAAGGAGUCCAUGCUAAAAAAGAACAACACAACAGCGUAUCCGGCCGCCACUGCUACAGCCUUCGCUCCCAACAUUGCCAGGGACCCUGGAUUGGCCACCAUUGCCAAAAGCGCUCCUCCACCACCAACUGAGCCCAAGGAGGAGCCAAAGCCCAAGCCCCCAGAGGCCAAGAAGACCUUUAACAGCGUGAGCAAGAUAGACAGGAUCGCCAGAAUAGCCUUUCCUCUGCUCUUUGGAACCUUUAACUUGGUCUACUGGGCCACCUACUUGAAUAAGAAGCCCAAACUGCAGGGGAUGAAUCCACACUAAUCCAUUGUUCGCUCCUUUUCAAUUUUACCUAUAUAACUUUCAUUUUCUUUGGUAUUCCUCAAAAGAAAAAGAAAAGAAAAUGUGUUUAUUUUCAGACAAACAUGAUGUCCAUGCUGGUUUGAAUUCCCAGUCGUUGCAUUGCUUCUGUUUAUAUACAUUUUGAAGAUUUGGAGAAAACAAAACAGAGACCAAAAAAUAAUUUAAAAAAAAACAAAAAAUCAAAAGAACAAGAGAUGCAGAAUUUUAAAGGGUUGUUGUUCAGGUGUGGUAUGAUGCUUUUAAGAAAAUGCUACCGUAAAUAUAUAGCCGAGUGGAGAAUGCUAUUCUCCAAGUACACAGAGCCCAAUCUUGUCUUGGGCUUUUCUUUCUUUCUUCUUCUCAUUGUAUAUUUUGUUAUUUUGCAGGGUUCCAGUUAUAAUCUUUGCAGCGAGAGUCUCUAGAGUUAUUACCAUUUGAGUACAGAUAAAUAAAUAGAACAAAUGUGGUUUCGAAGAGGGAGACAGUCCAACAAUUUAUUGCAUCUGUUGCGCAGACUGCUCCAACCUGUAACUAACUGCCCAAUAUAUCUGCAAUACUGCAGCAAAUGUUCAUCUACGUAACAUAGGCUUUGCUAAGGACAAAGUGACAUACAUAAUGCAAAUUGUGCUGUCUAACCACUAAAGUCAAGCUUAUUUCUCAUGACUUUUGUUCUAUUAUCAUUAUUGUAAUAUGACCGAAUUUCUGCAAAUAGUGUCUGAGGCUUAGCCACUUAACUGCAGAUGGUGUAGACGUCUGUUGAUAUUACGCAAUGUAAUCGGUAUAUCAAAGUUCAUGUAAAGUCAAAGUGGAGUUAGAAAUAAAAUGGACUGUUAUGGUGGAGAAAUGCUGAGAAACUCAGGCUCAAACAUAUUGUAAAACCAUUGACACACACAGACAACAUUGUGGCGCGAUCACACGUCAGUCUACAGGAACGCUAAACGUCGUUAAAAAAACUGUUUCCACAUAGUAUAGAAUCAUCUUUAAUUCCACGCAGGGAACCCGCUUACAACAUACAGUAAGACAUCACAAUUUAAUUAACCCAACAAACUGUUCAUGUGAAUCGGUAGGUGCUACCGUUUUGGCUAGCAACAGAGUUCAAACAAGCUCAGUUGUUGACUUUUUAAAGUCUCUGCAUUUUUUGUAGGCAUUUAUUUGUCAGAAAUAGAUUACUUAGAAAGAAUCUAUGAGAAAGACAUCCACUAUUUGAGGAAAUAUGUUAUAUACAUUGAUGCUGUCCAGUCAAAAGCAUGGAUCCCGCCCAACUUGUAUUCUUUUUAUUUGAAAGACAACGUGAACAUUUGGAGAUACAUGCUUUUAAUUGGUUUAAAUCAAUAUAAAGAAUACUGCCAAAAUAUUAUAUUUCAGUGGUUUGUGCCAAAAUGUCCAACAGUGGCAAACAUUUUUUUUACUUUCCUUAUCAUAACCUACAAACUAGUUGUGAGAAUAUAUGGAAGAGCCGUCUAUAAUUAAGACCAAAAUUAUCAAGAUCCUGAUCAAAUUUUGAAGCUAACUGAAUUAUUUGUUGAAUGCAACACAACCAAGAACAGAAUUAUGUAGUUCUUUUGUCGAUAGAUACGUACAGUAGAUUCAACAUUUUUUUACAUUUAAAAAAAAAAACUUUUUUCUUAUCCCUAAUUAGAUUGGUCAGUUUUUAAGAAACACAGUCUUUUGCACCAUUCUGAACGAUCCUGGUAAUACAUUUAUAAUAUCUAUUAGCUGUGAAUCAUUCUGGGACAUGGACCUUUUGUCCAAAACAAUACAAGUGACAGAUAUUUCUAGCAAGCAUUUCACAUGAAGUCAAAAUGUGGCCAGGGUAUGAAUCAUUUUAGGUUUGGCUGUAUAUUUCUGGCUAUUAUUUUGUUGUUUCUGCUCUGUCACUGUGGCUACAUAGAGAUUGGUGAGAAGAGCUUAAAAGCCUUUCACUAUUGGUCAGCAGGUUGCAUCCAUUGUCCUAUUAAAGAAUGCAUUAUUUUAUUCGUGUAUUGUUGGUAAUAACGACUAUUCCUAUUGGCACAGAAAUGUAUGAUUUUUAUUACUUUAAAAGCUCGAGCCCCUAAGUUUCCAUUGGCUCCCGCACAAAUCAAACCCUGCUUGUAUCUUAUUUCUUUCUUUCUUUUUUUUCUUUUUUUCCCUUUUUUUUUAAAAGCACAUACAUGAUAAAUAGCACGCAUGCAUAAGCAUGGGCAGGGCAUCCUUAAAACAACAUACGGUAACAAUCACCAUUGAUUAAAGGUUUUCAUUACUUCAUCCAAAAGACAAAAGAUUAGCCGUUCUUCAAAAUAGGUUGGGGUUUCUGCAAAAGCAAUAAAACACAUCUCAGUGGACACACCGUUCAUUUAUCCCCCAAAUAUAUGUAUUAAAAAACAAUCAUCUCUGCUUAGAAAUGAAAAUAAUACAUGUAUUUUCCUUUCAGUCUUUGUAAAUAUUCUCUAAUGUUAGAGAUGUCAAUAUUAUGUUGGAGUAACUAAAGGGUAUGUUUAAAUAAUACAUGAAGGAGUCAUUUUGCAUUUAUGACACAUACAUUAUGGUGUAUUUUGUGCUAUUGGGACUAUUUCUUUUGGCCAUGUUUGAGUACAAAUCUCACUUUUCAUUUUGGUUCACACAGAUAUAAAAAUGGUGUAAAAAGUGAUGAGUAAGAAUGUAAUGAAUUGUCUUCAAACCUAUUUUGAUUACAUCCGAUUAUUUCCUGUUUUUGUUGUUAUAAGGUGGUGGGGUAGGGGCUUUUCUUGCCAAAAAUGCUGUUUGAUGCAAAGUCAAGUUGGUGUAAUUUAAUGAGGGAUGAGGCACAUUGUGGAGGAGAAGUGCCUUUUUCAUAUUUCAAGAGUCAGAACUGUGAUGAUGGCUUUGCUGUUUGAUGGCAUGUCUUGCAUUUGGUGACCCACUGUGAACCCGAAAACGUUUUGCUUGUUUUGUUUGUUUUUUUGUUUGUUUGUUUUUUUGGGUAUUUUUUCUGUUCACUAUUUUUGUGUUUUGAGUCGAAAAUUGUCAACACUCAGAAAGUACCAGCUACACUGCCUUCAGUAACACAUGCCCUUUUAGACGUAUAUUUGUUGCUGCUGUGUGGGUGAGCAACAGUGAAUGAGAGCACGAGAAAGACAGUGAGAGAGGAAAAAGAAGAUGAUGAUGAUGUGAUGUCGGAAUUUUACGUUAGCCGGCGUCGGCACAGAAGACUUGUCGAGUCAUUCUAUGAUAGUGUUGAAAUUAAUAUAUUUUUGUAGCAUGAUGUCAGCCCCUCUUCUGGAAAAAAACAACAACAGAACAGUGACAGGAUAGCUUUUUUUUUUUUUUUUGUCUUGAACAUUGCUUGCGCUUGUUUUUGUUGUUGUUGUGUUUACGAAUAUGAAGUAUUUCUCAGUGGUGGCUCAUCAAGGUUUCAGAACAGCCCAGUUUCAAUUCUGUUAAUGUAGCAAUAUUACUUAGCAAGGGCUUUUCUUAGGAACUGAACUUGGAAAUUAGUGAAGGGAUGAUUGCCAGCAUAGCUUUACUUCAAUUCCUAUUUUCAUUUGUAUGCUUCAAUUUUUAUUGUGUUUAGACAAAGAUUUUUUUGUGUGUGUGUGUCCACAUUGAGAUGAAAAGCAUUUGGCCCCUACUCUAGGCUAUAAAUAUUUUCAUCUAUUUCUUAUUAAAUUUAAUUAAAAUGUAAUUUCCAUUUUCCAUUUUAUUUUUUAAAUUGUAGUUUUAUUUCACGUUGUUGUGCUUUUUAUUUUACAGUACCUCAUUUAAUUUGUAACCACACUAUUUAUUUAUUUAUUUAUUUAUUUAUCCGUUCAUUUAAAAAUAAUCAUUUGUAUUAAUUAAUUAUACAAAUUUUAAUGCCCAAAUAGGAAAUAUAUUUACGUGUUUUUUUUCCCCCCCUGUCAAUGUGGCAAUAAGGUCACAAUCUAUAUUGAGGGUUAAUGUUUAGCUUAUGAUUUGCAUUAUCAUGAUCGCCAGUAUUGAACCUGUCCCUUAUAAGCAAACAGAGGGGUGAUGGAAGUGCAAAGUCACGGUGAAGAGUUGUAUACAGAUAGCUACAAAUAAACUAUUGUAUGUUGAUUAUCAUGAAGAAAAUUCUAUAUAUAUAUAAAUAGAUAUACAUAUGUAAAAUACAUGAUGCCUACAGUAUUUGAUUCUAUUAUUGAAGCUGUUAGCGAAAAGGAUGAAUAUUGUUUGUAUUCUCAACCUAUUGUUAUGAAUUUUGCACAUUUAGAUGAACAAUAACAUUACAUGUACGUAGUUGGCUUCGUGCUAUGCAAGGACAGCUUUGAAUCACCGAUCAUCGACAUUGUCUCCAUUGUGUUUCAGAUUUACAAGCUAUUAUAGAGCGAAAAUAAAUAAAUAAGAAGCUUAGGUUUUUUUUUUAUAUCAGCUGUGCACCCAUUAGCUUUUUUUUUUUAUGAAACCAUGGCUAUACAGAGUGACAUAAAAGAAAAACAGCGGAUUAUGUCUUUUGUUUAUGCUUUCGAAUUGUCAGUGCUUGAAGCGAAAAUAGCUUCCAUUGUCGGUUGCACUUUUUCUCUAGGGUCAUGCAAUAAAAGGCGCAAGACAAGAAAAAAAAAGAGCAAAACUGUAACAAGGUCUUACUUUUUAAAAGUUGGUGAGCUCGAUCAUAUUGAUAUCAAACUGAAAAAAGAUUAAAGUAGAGAGAAAUUCUAGAGACAAUUUCCACUAAUACUUUACAAGACAGUUUAGGUUUUGCUACGUUUGAUAUUUUAUGCUCCACAUAGAGAAUGUGCAACAUGAGGUAAAGUGCAAUCAUGAGCUUCCGACUAACCUUAUCUUACUCAUUUGCAAAGCUUUCAUGUAUAUAUCAAAUUUGUUACUUGUCAUUAUCAUUUGUAUGUUUGGUUGGCUGGUUUGAUUUUAGGCCACUGACCAUCAGCACUUGCUGUUCAGCAGCAGGUCUUUUUGUUCUUACCAGAUAUGUACUGGAGGUUUUUUUUUCUGGUUGACUUCUCAUUUUCACUGAAAUACUAACAACAAUGUAAAACGACAAAACAUGUUCUAAAGCACAAACUUUGAUGUGGAUAUAAGGAGAGUAUGGACAACGAAAGGACACUAUAGACUCCACUGGGAUGUGUUGUGGACAGGAUUCUGAUGGGUGGAGAUGAAGUGGUGAACCUCCUGUAAAUGUUUUCUUUAGUUUCUUUUGGUUACAAUAUGGCCCUGUAGAUUCUGAUUCACUGCAUUAGUCUUUAAAUAAAAAGGAACAAAUGAA